AGUCUUUCACUGUUCACGCUUCACAUUCCACAUUCGUUUCUAUGCUUACCAUAUAAACAGGUAUUACUAAUACUUCGUAUAAAUUGUUCAGAUUGUAUAUGUUUACUGGUAUUGCUAUACAUUUACAUGUUAUAUAUUUAGAUAUAUAAUUUGCACAGGUGCAUGUGAAUUUUGUUGUUAAAUACUUUAACAACGAAACAAAAUAUUGUACGCAGGUAAGCGGAAAGAGCAGUAUUGUUACGCGAGACGUGACCUGAUAUUCAGUGCUGACUAGCGUUUAAAAAUGGAACGAACUGGUAAUGGAAAAGCUUUUAAAACUUGUUUUAUCGUUAUGACUUUAUCACUAGUUAUAUUAAUUUCUCUUGGAGUAUUUCAUGGAGCAAAGAGGAGUAAAAGUCAAACAUUAUUUCUACCUCCUCCUGUAGUGGAGGAAUUUAUAAAUUGGCCAAAGGAUAGACCAAAGGUGGCACGACAUUCUGUGAUAAGCGAAUUUGAGAGUUCGAUUUCUCAACCGAACGUGCCCGAUGAACCACCAUGGCCGAAACCAUUACCGCCCAGUAAGACAAACAAUCGGUAUAUUCUGUAUGAGUGUGCAUCCAAUAUGGCCUGCGGUGGCUGGUCAAAUAGGUUAUACGGUAUUGUUGCCCUAUAUAUAUUAGCGAUCAUGUACGACAGAUCAAUAGUUGUCAAAAUGGACAGACCUUGUGAUAUAAGACAGUUUCUUGAUCCAAGAGAUAUACAUUGGAAUGUGACAAUUCCCAACAAAAAUUGGUCUAAAACAAGUCUCAGCGGAAUAUAUGGUCAUAAAAUUUCAUUGUCACGACUGCAGGAUUUAGAGAGAAAAUUAACAAAUAAAGAUAUAACUGUUGCUCGUGUUAACAUUGCUCAAUUGGGUUAUAUUCACCUCUUUGCUACUGUAAAACAUUUUAAGAACAAACUAUUAGAGAAAGGCUUCACGGAAAGACAAUUACAACACCUCACACUUCUGCAUUUUCCUUUAAAAUAUCAAGUUUAUGAUCUGUUAUUCAAAUUAAAGCCGUAUCUACAGGAAAGAAAAGAUAACUAUUUAAAGACUUUUGAUAAGAAACCACUUAUUUGUGCUCAUGUACGAACAGGAGGUGGCAAAACGAUUCCGGGAGAUUCCGCUAGAGGAAGGAUGUUUGGAACAAAAACGCUCUGGGCAUUCUUACAAGAGAAAUUACUAUUUGAUAAGUUUAAAGAUGCUAAAGUAUUCCUUGCUACUGAUAAUGAUGCAGUUCGAGAAGAGUUUAAAAAAACAUUUGGACAUGUAGGAACAGAGAUAUCAGGCAAUAUAGUGCAUAUUGAUAGAUGGGGAUCUCAAAAGAGAACCAUUCAUGAUAAAGCAGCUGCAUGCCACGGAAUGGAUAAAGUAUUAUUAGAUUUUGAAAUUAUGAGUGAAUGUGAUCUUCUUGUGAUAACUUGGCGAAGUGGAUUUAGUACAAUGCCUGCCUUACGAAAUAGACAUCGUAAUGAAUUAUACGUUUGGAGAUGCGAAAAAAAUAGUUGUUGGGUUGAGCCAAUGUAUAGAUUUCAGGAUGAAAGCAGAAGAGAAUUUAGUGAAGCCAUUAACAGACAACCUUAUGUCAACUGCAAAGACAUUUUUAAAUGUUAAUGUUAGGGACAAUAUUAAAAUUUUAGUUAGGAAUUAUUAUGGAUUUCUCUACUGCAAAAGUAGAGUAUUCUUGCGUAUCAAAUUUAUUACUGUUAAAUUAUUUGUUUCAAUGUUUUUAGUUGUUACUGGGGGUUAAAAACUAUUUGCUCUUACUUGCGUUUUUUAAUUUGAAAUGCUAUUAUUGUGAUAUUUAUUUUCUCUAUUUUUAUUAGCAUAUGCAAUUUUCUGAGUUUUUAUUCGAUAAAAUAUACAAAUUCUUGUGGAA